AUGAUUUUUCAAUACCAAGGUUUAUCAACUCUUUCGAAAACAAACAUUUCUAACUGCGUUUCAUUCUGGUCAACAGCUUUUCGUUAUUCGGAAGCUACAUUAACAACAAAUGUUUCAUUUUGUAAUUUUGAGAAUUUAGAAGCUGGGAGUAUAAUCAAUUAUUUUAGUUUCUGUGAUGGAAGAAUUGAAAGAUGUAAUUAUGUUAACAACUUCCAAACGCAGUGGAAUUAUGGAUUAAUUUUUGCUGAUUCAAAAAGACUUGAUAUUUAUGAUUCAGUUUUCCAAAAUACUCUAACAGUUGAGCGUGUACCAAUAUUUUAUGCUUUUGGCGGACAGAUUUAUAUAUAUCGAUGUAAUUUUGAUGAAUAUUUCGCUUCUUCUGAAUCUAGUGGAUUUGUUGAUAAUUCAAGUAUAUCAACAGAUCCAUUUUCUAAUGACUUAGAGUUCAAUGAGUUUCAUCGUGUGAAGGAGAUAUAUAAUAUUGUUUGUCCGAAUCAAAGAAAAUAA